AUUUUACUACUAUAUGACAACUGAUAUUUGUAAAGAAUAAUAAGAACAUAAAUUAAAAUUAUAAUACCGAAAUAAAAGAAUAAAGAAGAAUUGCAGAGUCGAGAUAAUUAAUCUCUUUCCUUAAAUUUUUAAACGCCCCGUAGUGUGAGAGUUUCAUGACGCUCAGAUUCCCAGGAUACAACUGCAGCAUUGCUUCUGUUUACCAUCACCGAAAAACAGAAUCUAUCGACCAUAUUUUUGUGAUGUACUCUCAUACUCAAAAACUAAAAAAUAAAUUAUUCAAGUGGAAGAAUUUUUUUGUUGUUGUUGAACGUAUGAAUCCAUCUUUCUAAAUGAGAGCACAAGUGUUGUUUUAUAACUCUCAAAGAGUAAAACGUACAUUGUGACCAUUAUGGAGUAUUCAAUAACGUUUGAAUUAUCAUUAUGGUGAAAUGAUUCCCCUGAGUAAUGAUAACACGUUACUUUUCAAAGUUCAUUUUGUUUGAUUGACCAAAUCAAUUGCAACAAAAUACUAUCUAAUGGGUUCAUAUUUUAUAUUGUAAAAACAUAAAAUGUUAUUGUGAAUAAGAUUAAUAAGUUAAUGGACUUAAUCCAAUUAACAAAUUUAAUCUAAAUUCAACCCAAAUAUUUCAAAGUGAAACAAUUGCUAAUUUUUCAUAUUUAGCUAAUUUAAAGUUUUACCAGCUUUGUAAAACAUUCACUUUGGAUCUCCAUUUUUCAUUUAAACCAAUUCCAAUUUUGACAUGUAUCUGACAUUCGGUUAUUCUGACAAAUGUCUUCGUUCGGAAAUUUACCGAAAAAGAGUCUUAAACCAUUUCGUCAAAAACGAGUUCCAACACAUCUAAAUAAUUAAGUGUAAAAUAAAUUAUCAAACUCGCUUUACAUCUCAUGCGUAUACGUGAGUUCUUUUUUUUUUGGUUAUAAAUUCAAUCAAUCCAUCUUUAUCUCAUUUUAUGCAUAUGGUCAAGACAUCAAAACCACAAUCUCCCUUUUAUUUGUUUUGUUAUGUAUGAGGAUAUAAUAUAAGAUUAGCGGGCUAAGCAACGGCUUAUUAUCAUCAUUUGUUAUUUUUUCAGACUAAGUUUAUUUAUACUAAACAAUUAUUGUUUACAAAUAUUUAAUAUGAUUUUCAUGAUAUUUAAAGUUAAUAUUAUUUAAUUUUUGAAUAUUAAAUGCGAGAAAGCCACUGGUGAUUUUCUUUUUAUCCACCUCUACAUAAACGCAAAUUCACAUUAAUCACAUGUAUCUCAAUAAAUGGCCCAACAGAGUCAAUUAUUAUCUCUGUUAUGUGAUUUUUUUUUUGAAACCUAUUAAGUUGUGUCCGUAUCAUCUAAAUUUUAUUCCAUAUCAUCUUCACUAUUCCAUUUAUAUAUAACACUUUCUGUCACCUACCAAACCUUCAAAAAUGAUCUUCUCUUCCACAAAACUUCUCUAAAAAUGUAGUCAAUGGUAUCUUUGUCGUUCAAAUCUGAAAAUGAAUCUAUUAACCUUUCUAUAUUUUAUCAAUGAAAAUUUACUUUGUUAGAUAUAUGAGAAUAACCAAGGCCACAUUUUUUCUUUUUACAAUCACUAAUUAUUAAUUAAGACUACUUUCUUUUGCAGGUUUCACCGGUGGAAUGAAAAGGUAGUAUAGCAAUAUUAUAGGAAUGACAAACGGUGUAUCGAUAUAUUAGGGAAAUUGGCCAUAAAACAAAUAUGUUUUGCGUCAUCUUCCUAUUGGGUCCUAGGGCAAGACACCUAAUGUUGUCCUUAUCUUUGUUGGAUUAAAAAAACAGACUUCUUGUUUCAGAGAUUGAUCGAGAUGGAGUUCUGUCCAACAUGUGGGAACUUGCUGCGUUACGGUCAAUCACAGUUCUUCUGCUCGACAUGUCCUUACAUCGCCCGCAUAGAAAGACAGGUUGAGAUAAAGAAGAAGCAAUUGCUGGUUAAGAAAUCCAUUGACCCAGUUGUGAAGAAAGAUGAUAUACCAAAAGGACCUGAAACUGAAGCACCUUGUCCAAGAUGCGGACACGACAAGGCAUACUUCAAAACAAUGCAGAUUCGUUCAGCGGAUGAGCCAGAAUCGAGAUUUUAUAGAUGCGUCAAAUGCGAGCAAACUUGGCGCGAAGAAUGAUCUCUUUAUAUUUUUCCUCCAUCCACAAUAAAAGAAAGCCAAUCUAUCUAAACAUUAAUUUUGCUCUUUUGAGUUUUUUUUUGUUUGUUGUCGUAAUAUUAUCAAUUUUCGAUAGCUUUCAGAGUUAUAUGCCUUUGUUUUGUUUAGGAAUGUUUCUGUGUGAUUUAACCUUGCUUUUGAUGUAUCUCCCACGGUUCUGAUAAGGACAAACGCAGAGAAGGCUAAGAAGGUUUACAUUGUUGUCUGAAUGAAAGAGUUUGUAGAAGUCAAUAAGUUUGCUUAUGGAUGUGUUUUGUGGUUUCAGGCUGUGAGCAUAAACGAGUUUUAAGAGAUACUGAGGAGGAGGUCGUGGAAGGGGACGUGGUGGUCGUGACCGGGGAGGUGCUUCUGGUGGUGGAUUUGAUGGUUACUGACUUACUGUCGUGAAGUUGCGCCUGCCAUUGGAGAUACUGCUCAGUUCCCAUCUCUUGGGGGCAAGUAACCAUCCUUGGAAACUCGUGCUAUAUCCUUCAGUUUUCCUCAUCAAGACUGAAGUGAUUCAUGCUGAGUGUUUGCCGGUCUGUUAAUUGUUAGUUGUCGUCAGUUUUAGAGUUUCUGCAAACUUAUGCAUGACAUGUUUUUUUUUUUAAGUUUGAAACAAUAGUCUUUUCUAUUUUGGUUUACCACUUAGUCUUUAUAGUUGUUUAUUGUCUUCUUAAUAUGCUUUUUUUUUCAUUCAACUCAUAGUCUCCCAUCUCUCUUGAUUUCUUAUAUACUCUUUACGUCAAAAUCUCAAGCGAUCAUAACCAAAAUCAGAUGAACCACUACAAAAAACGAGCCCCCAAAAGAGAUACCAACAUCUGGUUGUCUCAUUCUGAAUAACCAUUAACCUAUAAAUUUUUUUUUUUUGGUCAACAACCUAUAAAUAUAUAAUUCAGAAGAAAUAGAACAAAAUUGGUCAACCUAUUUAAGAUUUUUUUGUCCACUACAAAUCAUUUUCAACAAAGUCCACUAAAAACUAUAUAAA